AUUAUAUUAUUCUGUAAAUAUAGCAUGGAAUAGUAUUAAACAAUUAAUCACAGAAAUUGAAAAUCGUAGAUGUGUUACCCGCCGGAAAUAUUAGUAGCUAUGUAGUUCAACGUAUAUGUACGCUUUGUGCACAUUAACUCAAUAAAUGAGUUCUGUUUAAAAUAUGGAUAUGUCCACUCCUCUGUAAUGAUAUAUAUCUUAUUUGAUACUUUAAUUUACCCUAGAUGUGUGACUUUUGAAUUUUUUUAAUCAAACUUAUCGAACAAUGUUCAAAUUUCGAUUUGCAGAAGGUGCAGCCGAUAUUGAUGAAGUAGAUAGCGAACAGAAGGAUAAAUUAGAAUGGAUUUCUGCUUCCAAACUUGAAAUAACUCCCGAACAAAUCGAAGCGAAAUAUGAGGCUUAUUAUUAUACAGAGACCGAAGUGUUAUCUAGUUAUAAUUUAAAAUUAAUCCGUUCCGAUAAAGUAAUGCAGGAUUUAACUGAUCAGAAUAUUAUUGAGGCUGAGUCGAAACAUUCCGAUCUCAUUCCAGCAAAAUAUGAAGGUGGUUUAAAAAUCUGGGAAUGCACAUUCGAUCUGGGCCAGUACAUAUUGGAAAAAGAAAUCGAUUUGAAAGACAAACUUGUUAUGGAUUUAGGAUGUGGCGCUGGAGUGAUUGGUCUUCUGUCUCUUCGUAAAAAUUCCACCGUUCAUUUCCAAGAUUACAAUACCGAAGUGCUAAAAUCCGUGACCAUACCGAACGUAAUAUUGAAUUUUAAUCGUACGAUUGUACUAACGAGAUGCGAAUUUUAUGCCGGGGAUUGGGCUUCUCUCGCGACGUUAAUCGAUGAAAGUAAAAAGUACGAUUAUAUCUUUACGAGCGAAACGAUUUACAAUCCUGACAAUUACAAAAAAUUAUAUGAAAUUUUUAAGAGAAAGCUAAAAGCAGAUGGCGUUGUAUUUGUCGCUGGAAAAACCUAUUAUUUUGGCGUGGGAGGUGGAAUGAGACAAUUUGAGAAUCUUAUUUUAAAAGACGGAUGCUUUGACGUCGAGUCGGUGUGGAGAAGUCAACAUGGAGUAAACAGAGAAAUUCUGAAACUCACAAGGAAAACGCAUCAAGAAUAUCAAAGAUCUAAUGUAUAACAUUAUUGUCUUCAUA